AGGCUGCAUCGUUUUUCCGAAAGAUUAUAAUCUUUGUUUUUUGUUGUUGUUCAGUUAAAUUAUUUUCCAAACCUAAGUAAAGCUUAUCCGCUGGCUGAAUAUGGGGUGCUCUACUGGUUGCGUUAAGUGUUUUCUCAUCACCCUCAGUACUCUGAAUGCGCUUUCGGGACUAUUGCUGAUAGCCAUUGCUACACUUGCCCUCUUGGAAGACCCUCUUGCUUACAUCGUAUUCCUAUAUGGACUGGGCGGCAUUAUCUUCGUCUCCGCAAUUCUGGGAUGCUGUGGAAUCUGCCUGGAGAACGUGUGCAUAACCGCAACGUAUGGAUUCUUGCUGUUGGGCCAGCUGAUAAUAAGCUUUUUCGGCUUCAAAUUCCGUAAGGAAUACAUUCUGAAGUUCGUCAAAGAGAAGGUCCAGAUAACAUGGAACGAGGAGCUGGUCGAACCUGGUGCAAUGGACUUUUACCAGGAAUUGUAUUCGUGUUGUGGACGUGAUAGCCCCGAUGACUAUGUGGACAUUGGUCGGGAAACCUUACCUUCAAGCUGUUAUCCCCAGUGGAACACCCAGGAGAUCCACUAUCAAGACGGAUGCGCCCUGAAGACCAGUAAGAUCUUUGUGGGUCUUUUCAGCGUUGCAAAGGGCCUUAACUGGAUUGCAGUGGCUACAACUGUUCCCAUGGUGAUUGGUGCCUUUUAUUUGGUCAGACGAUUCCGCAAGCAGCGCAUUCGCUACAGCUACUAAGGACUGAUUUAGGAUUUAACUACUAAAUAUUUUUGGGCUUGUUCACUGCUUACUAUUUGGGUACGCAAGCAUGCCAAAACCAAGAUAAAGGACGAGGAAACUCCCAUCAACGACUGAUGGCCGAGGACAUCCCAGCAUAAUUAU